GCCGCGCCCCGCCCCUCGCGCGGCCACGUCUCCGCUGGAGCCGCGAGGCCGGCAGCCGCCGAGGCUUCCACAGCGCCCGGGUAUCAUGAUAUUACUUGGUUUGAUUUCAAGCCACUUUUGAGACUUUAAAUCUCCCCAAAAUGGAAAGCCUAGUGUGGUUCUUCCCAGAAGCUCUUGGCUGCUGCUGAUGGCUGAAACCACACCUGCCGGCGGCUUGCUUGCAGCCCCUGAGACUCCGCCCAGCCUGUGCCGUUCUGACCAUGGACGGAACACCAGCCAGAUCUAGUAGUGGCACCCCAGCCGACCCAGAGGCCCUCCUCAAGCCCCCAGGCUCGCCGGCACCACCUGACCAGUGGGACGAAGCCAAGUGUAAGUCAGUACACAGAGCUUCAGAUGGAGGAGGAGGCCUGGAUGUACCCAGCAAGGGUGACGCCUGUCAGAAUGGGCCGACGCCACCGUUUCCAGACCCUUCGUCACCUCCCCCCACAAGCCCAGGGGGUCCCGAUGCCUCUCCAGGUGUGGCUGGUUUCCAUGACAACCUAAGGAAGUCUCAGGGGACUAGUGCUGAGGGCAGUGUUAGAAAAGAAGCUUUGCAGUCUCUCAGACUCAGUCUUCCUAUGCAAGAAACGCAACUGUGUUCAACAGAGGCUUCCCUGCCCCUGGAGAAGGAGGAGCAGGUCCGACUUCAGGCUCGGAAACGGCUAGAAGAACAGCUCAAACAGUACAGGGUGAAGCGCCAGCAAGAAAGAUCCAGUCAGCCUGUGGCUAGAACGAGACUGUCUAGUACACUCGACCCAGAGCUCAUGCUGAACCCAGAAGCCUUGCCCCGGGCCAGUGCUGUGGCCCUGACAAAGGAGUAUUCCUUCCUGCGCACCAGUGUCCCUCGAGGCCCAAAGGUGGGCAGCUUAGGGCUCCUGACACAUCCUAAGGGGAAAAAAAGUUCCAAAUCAAGCAAAAUUCGGUCUCUGGCUGAUUACAAGACUGAAGACGAAGGUUCUGGGAGUUCUGGUGGAAACAUUCCGGCUGUAGACUCUGCCAGGGGCUCUCUGAAGCAGAACCGCAGCAGUGUGGCAUCCGUGGUGUCUGAGGUUAGCCUGUGUCCUGAGGCUGAUGAUCACCUGGAGAAUGCGUCCCUGACGGGUGACAACACGUCUGAGGCCGAUGGGAAUGAGAGUGACAGCUCCUCCCACAGCAGCGUGUCUACCCGCGGGACAUGUGGGCUUCUAGUGAACGCCGUGGGCACUCGAGAAGCCUCCUAUGUGGUCAACGGCCAAGAGAUUGCCGCUGGUGCGCUGGGCCAGUUCCCCUCCAUCACAGAUGUCCUCCAGGCCGCAGCAGCCGAGCACCAAGACCAGGGGCAGGAGGUCAACGGGGAGACGCGGAGUCGGACAGACAGCAUCUGCAGCAGCGUGUCCCUGGAAAGCUCUGCUGCCGAGACCCAUGACGCCAUGCUGCAGGCCCUUAAAGACAAGAUGAGGCUUGAAGGGCAGCUGGAGGCGCUGUCUGCAGAGGCCAGUCAGGCACUUAAAGAGAAGGCAGAACUGCAGGCGCAGCUCGCCGCUCUGAGCACAAGGCUGCAGGCGCAGGUGGACCAGAGCCACAGCAGCCAGCAGAAGCAGGACUCGCUCAGUUCGGAGGUGGACACCUUGAAGCAGUCUUGCUGGGACCUGGAGCGAGCGAUGACUGACCUGCAGAACAUGCUGGAAGCCAAGAACGCCAGCUUGGCGUCGUCCAACAGUGACCUGCAGGUGGCAGAGGAGCAGUACCAAAGGCUCGUGGCCAAAGUAGAAGAGAUGCAGAGAAACAUUCUCAGUAAGGACAACACAGUGCAUGACUUGCGACAACAGAUGAUGGCCCUGCAGAACCAGCUCCAGCAGGUGCAACUGGAACGAGCAACUCUGAGCAGCAAGUUGAAGGCGUCCCAGGCCGAGAUCUCAUCUCUGCAGCAUGUCCGGCAGUGGUACCAGCAGCAGCUCGCCCUGGCCCAGGAGGCCCGGGUCAGACUGCAGGGCGAGAUGGCCCACAUCCAGGUUGGACAGAUGACCCAGGCAGGCCUCCUGGAGCACCUGAAACUUGAGAACGUGUCCCUGUCCCACCAGCUGACGGAAACCCAGCACAGAUCCAUCAAGGAGAAGGAGCGCAUUGCUGUCCAGCUCCAGGGCAUUGAGGCCGACAUGUUGGACCAGGAAGCUGCCUUUGUGCAGAUUCAAGAGGCAAAGACGAUGGUGGAGGAGGACCUGCAGCGGAGGCUGGAGGAGUUUGAAGAUGAGAAGGAGCAGCUGCAGAAGAUGGCGGCCUCGGCUGCAUCCCUGGAACAGCAGUUGGAGCAGGUGAAUUUGACUUUGCAACAGCGAGACCAGCAGCUUGCGGUGUUACAGCAGGAGCACCUCGACCUGCUGAGGCAGCUCACCUCGACACAGGAGACGUUGCAGGCCCGGGAGCGGUCCCUCGGCGACCUGCAGAUGCGCUACGACGAGCUGCUUGCCAGGCUGGAGGAGCUGCAGGGGGAGGCCGCCUCCAGGGACGACACCAUCCGCUUCCUGCAGAAUGAGAAGAUUGUCUUGGAGGUGGCUCUGCAGGCGGCCAGGAGUGGCAGGGAGGAACUGGACAGAGGAGCCAAGCGCUUGGAAGAGGGCACCGAGGAGACAUCACAGGUUUUAGAGCAGUUGAGGCAAGAGUUAGCCGUGAAGUCCAGCCAGGUGGAGCACCUACAGCAAGAGGCCGCCACCCUGAAAAAGCAGACACAGAAAAUAAAGGAGCAGUUUCUUCAACAAAAGGUGAUGGUGGAGGCCUACCGGCGGGACGCCACCUCCAAGGACCAGCUCAUUGGUGAGCUGAAGGCCACGAAGAAAAGGCUUGACUCAGAGCUGAAGGAGUUGAGGCAAGAGUUAAUUAAACUUCAAGGGGAGAAAAAGUCUGUGGAGGUAGAACACGUGCGCUUGCAGAAGGAAGUGUCCCAUGUCCAUCAGCAGAUGGCCGACCUCGAAGGGCAUCUCCAGUCGGUGCAGAGGGAGCGCAACGAGAUGGAGACGCACUUGCAGUCUUUGCAGUUUGAUAAAGAGCAGAUGGUAGCUCUUACAGAGGCCAACGAGGUGCUCAAGAAGCAAAUUGAAGAGCUACAGCAAGAAGCCACCAAGGCCAUCACAGAGCAGAAGCAGAGGAUGAAGCGGCUGGGCUCAGACCUGAGCAGCGCUCAGAAGGAGAUGAAGAGCAAGCACAAGGCCUAUGAGAAUGCGGUGGGCAUCCUUAGCCGCCGCCUGCAGGAGGCCCUUGCAGCCAAGGAGUCGGCAGACGCAGAGCUGAGCCAGCUGAGAGCCCAGGUGGCUGGCGGUAGCAGCGACCUCCCUCUGCACGAGAGAAUCCAGGCUCUGGAGGCAGAACUGCAGGCUGUCGGCCACAGCAAGACGAUGCUGGAGAAGGAGCUCCAGGAGAUUAUCGCACUGACCAGUCAGGAGCUGGAGGAGUACCGGGAGAAGGUGCUGGAGCUGGAGGACGAGCUUCAAGAAUCCAGAGGCUUUAGGAGGAAGAUAAAGCGCCUUGAGGAGUUGAAUAAGAAGUUGGCCCUUGAGUUAGAGCAUGAGCGAGGGAAGCUUACAGGCCUGGGGCAGUCCAACGCGGCUCUGCGGGAACACAACAGCAUCUUAGAAACAGCUUUGGCCAAGAGGGAGGCAGACCUGGUUCAGCUGAACCUCCAGGUGCAGGCAGUCUUGCAGCGGAAGGAGGAGGAGGACCGCCAGACGAAGCAGCUCGUCCACACCUUACAGGCUGCGUUGGAGCGAGAAAAGGCCAAAGUGCACAACCUCAAGGAACAGGUUGCUGCUGCCAAAGCGGAAGCAGGACAUAACCGCCGCCACUUCAAGGCUGCCACCCUGGAGCUGAGUGAGGUGAAGAAGGAACUGCAGGCCAAGGAGCAGCUGGUGCAGAAGCUGCAGGCUGAGGCCGAGGGUCUCCAGAUUCAAGAGGGGAAACAUUCCCAGGAAAUAGCACAGUUCCAGGAGAAGCUGGCGGAGGCCCGGACCCAGCUCCAACUCCUGCAGAAGCAGCUAGACGAGCAGCUGAGCAAACAGCCUAUAGGGAACCAAGAGAUGGAAAAUCUCAAAUGGGAGGUGGAUCAGAAAGAAAGAGAAGUCCAGUCCUUGAAGCAGCAGCUGAACUUGACUGAGCAGCAGAGUAAGAAGGAACUGGAUGGAAUACAGCAGUUAUCACAGAAUAUCAAAGCUGAGUUGGAGAUGGUGCGGGAAGAUCUGUCCCUGACCCAGAAAGAUAAAUUCAUGCUUCAAGCUAAAGUGUCAGAGUUGAAGAACAACAUGAAGACUCUGCUCCAGCAAAACCAGCAGCUCAGGCUGGACCUGCGGCGUGGCGCAGUGAAGACGAGAAAGGAACUGAAAGGCGAGGCCAGCUCUUCUGGCCCCGUAACGCCAGUGAAGAUCCCUGACUGCCCUGUCCCGGCCUCCCUGCUGGAGGAGCUGCUGAGGCCCCCACCUGCCGUGAGCAAGGAGCCCCUCAAGAACCUCAACAGUUGUCUCCAGCAGCUAAAGCAGGAGAUGGACAGCCUGCAGCGCCAGAUGGAGGCACAUGCUGUCACCGUGCACGAGUCACUGUCCUCAUGGACUCAGGGGGAUCCCGCCGCCAGUGCUGCUCCCCUGGGAGAUCACGCCAACCCCAGGGGAGAUACAGAGCGACACAGUCAGUGCAGGGUCUCCAGAGAGGCGCUUGGAACAGCGGCCGCCGAGCACCCCCACUCCGAGUGCUUGUAACUACCCAAAGGAAUAUUCUUUUAUCAAUAUUAUUUAUUUGACUGUUUGCUCUGUGUUUUUCUAAGAGAUGAAGUUUAAAUUUUGCAUCUGCCUUUUCAAGGAGUAGAAGAACUGAACAAGAGCCAAGGAUUAGAGAAAUAGUCAUUUGCAGAUCACAACUAGCUUUUCCCAUGAAAUGACCAAAUGCUAGCAACC